AUGGCUCGGGCCGCGGUGGUUGGCGCGGUGGCGGUGGUGGUGGCGGUGGCGGCGGCGCUGGCGCUGGUUCUGUUGCUGGUGGUGAACGACGACGCGCCUGCGCCUGCUCCGCACAUGCUCAACAGAUCAGAGCGGAAGAGUGGGACGGUUGAGUUGGACACGACGCGUCCGCACCCGAUGCGGCUGCCAGCUUACUACUCUACAAUGGACGAGACUAUGACCGAGGUCCGUAGGCUGGCCACAACCUGUCCACCGCUGGUCGUCGACUCGCUCCCGCUGACCGGCGACGACCCGCUGGUUGUGCUCCGGCUCCACGAUGCGGAUCUGGCAAGCUCGCUCCCACCACGAGCUGCACCAAUGGACCGAUCGUGCUACACUCAAGGCCGGGCAAACAAGGACGCUGGCCUGGACGCGCUGCCGACGGUGUUGAUCACGGCUGGCCUCCACCCGCGCGAGGUGUUUGCAACUGAGCUCGCGCUGGGCCUCGUCCGCUGGCUCUGCGCCGCAUACGACCAGGCGAGCGCUAUGGACGCCGCCGAAGCGUGGUCAGUCCAGUACAUGUUGGCUCGGAUGGAGCUUGUCGUAAUCCCGCUCGCCAACCCGAGCGGCCGGCGGGUGGUUGAGGAGACCGACGCAUGCGCACGGACCUCUGCAGCGGGCAUCGACCUCAACCGCAACUGGGUCUUCCGCCACGGCAAAGGCGAGCCCAACGAAGCGGCGGGCAACAAGCCGCUCUCGGCCGAGGAGACCCGGGUCCUGUUUGACUACAUGUCGGUGCUGACCAAAGACCCCGAGCGCAACGUGGGCCUCUUUGUCGACAUCCAUUCGGGCGUGACCGAGGUGUACAUCCCAUACGACUCGGCGAGCGAUGUGCUGCCGCGAAGUAAGCGGGCAAUGUGCCUCUACGAGGUUGUAGAUACAUUUGCCACGCUCGGAUGUGGGGCGUGCGCUCGCGGCUCGGCUGGCGUCAUCGGCAACGAGCUGGUCUUUGGCACUGCUGCCGACACCAUGUUUGUUACGCUGGGCGUCUCUGUCGUCCUCACAGUCGACGCCUUCGGCGCGCCGGACAAGAGCGACUGCUUUCUCCGGUUCAACCCGGACGAUGAAGCCAAAUAUCACUCCAUCGUCGCGCACUGGCUCGACGCUUUUGAUUUUGCCUUCUGGGAUGUGCUCGAGUCGAGCCAGGGUACCUCCAAGCGUGCCGCUGCCGCCUACUAUUACGACUUUGUCGACAGCUCGCUCGCCUGGGGCUCCAACCUCCGGAUGGCCGCGCUCUCUGCCGCCGCCACUCGCCGCCCAUCGAACUGGUACCUCAGAUCGCGCGAGCGCAGCGAGCACAGUAGCGGAGCCGCCGCCAAGGAGCCCUCCCCGCCCUCGCCGCCGCCCACAAUCUCUAAUGCUGCACACUUUGAGACUGUGGAAUCGCAGCACACUUCGUGGCUGGCCUUUACAUCGUCGUCGAUCCAGACUUGA